AUGUUACUAUCAAGCCCUUGUCAUGCUGACAGUAAUAUGGAUUUUGGUUCUUCAUGUUCAGGAUCUGAUAAUUCUACCAUGGACGGUGAAUAUCAAAGCAAUCUCUUGAUUCUACUGAAAUCACUUGCUGCAAAUGGGCCUAUCGAAAAUGGCUUCUACAAGACGACGGUUGGAAAAGGUCAUAACAAGAUUUAUGGCCUUGCCCAAUGUAGAGGUGAUAUUUCUGCCAUGGACUGUGCAGCCUGCAUCAAGAACGCUACCAUGGCGCGUGAGAUUUCCUGUUCAGAUAGUGUGAUGGUUACAAUGUGGUUCAAAUGGUGUUCGCUACGAUAUUCGAACUUGAAGUUUUUUGGUGAAUGGGACGGAUUUUCUUUGGGUCUUUCGACAAAUGCCACUAUCGAAGAUCCAGAGAUCUCGGCAAGAGAGAUUGUGGCAAAUGGUUGGAUUUUCUAUGGGAGAGUCUCGGUACCACAAGAAAUCAGAGAGGAUGGGGGAUUGUUGCGUCCAGUUGUAGCAUGCAAUACCAAGACUACAAAUUUUACUUCAACAUUUCAAUCCCGGCAAAUGAAGGUUCCACAAGAUACUCAACACAUCAACCCUUGCCAUGCUGACACUAACGAGAAUUUCGGUUCGCAAUGUUCUGACCCUGAUAAUGCUACCGAUAACAGUGAAUACCAAGCCAAUCUGAACGAUCUACUGAAUUCACUUGCCGCAAAUGGGCCUAUCCGAAAUGGCUUCUACACGACUACAGCCGGAAAAGGUGCUGACAAGAUUUUUGGCCUUACACAAUGUAGAGGUGAUAUUUCUGCCACAGACUGUGCAAGCUGCAUCAAGAACGCUACCAUGGUACAAGGUUGCUCAGAAAGUAAAAGAGCUAAGCUUUGGUUUAAUUGGUGCUUUCUACGGUACUCAAACAGGAGCUUUUUUGGUGAAUGGGAUCAAUCAGGAAUGGCAGCUUACAACGAUACCAAGUUUGAAGAUCCAAAAGUGGUUUCGGAAGGACUUAACUUCACGAAAGCUCUUGCGUCUACAACUCCGAACCAGCCUUUGAUGUUCCUGACCGCAGUACUAGAUGUUGGACAAAAUGGGAAGAGGUAUGGCGUAGCUCAAUGCACUAGAGAUCUCAGCAGAAGUUAUUGUGGCAAGUGCUUGGAUUUUCAAUUGGUGACAUAUAAAAACUCAAUUGGAAGUAAGAGAAGUUGGGAUACGUAUGGGUCUAGCUGUAGCAUGCGGUACCAUGAUUACCAGUUCUACUUCAACAUUUCAACCCCAGCAAAGGGAGGUUCUGCAAGAUCUUCACCGGCUGCAAUUGGCAUGGUCUUUCCAGUUCUUGUGUUUCUGUUGGUGUUUUAG